UUCCUUUAUGAAACUACAAAACAAAAAUACUACGGGUAUUAGGAAAUUUCACGCCCUUCAUUGAAAAUUAAAAUUUAACAAAGCACCCGACAUAAACAAAAACAAAAUAUUUCAUAUUACAUUUUGUUAUCACGAAACUUUGACCACGCGAAGUUCUUACAUAGAAACCGAUAAUAUUUUUAUUAAAGUAAUUAAUACUGAGAUUAAUUACAUUCAUUAACAUUUGUCUCGAAGUUAUCUUAUGUGCAACUGUAGCACCGACGUCGACCUAUGACAUAUAAUUAUCACAACGCUGAGGGUAGUUCAUUUUAUGAUACUUUCGAUUAUUAUAUCACACCAGUCGCCUGCAAGACAAGUGCUACGGUCCAAAAUGUGUAAUAUUAAUUUAUUAUUCACAUUUUUAAUUAUAAUCGCUUUAGAUUAUACUGUGAGAGUCCAAGGUGUUAGGAGGUUUUAUAAAAAAGGUAAAGAAACGGUAUUGGCUUUGGAAGGAGAGCAGUUUGACAUGGAGUGCAAGGCAGAAGUAAGAUUAACUUAUUGUGCGUUCCAUCAUCCUUCAGGAAAACGAUUCUCCGUAGCAUCAGCUACUUUAAAAGGAGGCUUUUGCUCCAUGAAGGUAACGACCACGAAAAUGGACAAUGGUUUAUGGAUCUGUCACUUGGGUACGCAUCCCUCGGGAUUAGAAAGGGUUCAGCCGAUCGAAGUUCGCGUAGUAGACCAAGUAGCAGCCGUCUGGAAGAAUAUAUCAAUAGUCCACAACAGUAUUGGGACGGUAAACUGCGCAACUACUAAAGGAAUGGUACCGUUAACGUACUGCCGCUUCGAGCCGCCCAAUGGACCACCGUUCAGCAUUAAUUCUGAUAUAACAAGAGAAAAUGCAAUCCUAGGAAGAUAUUUCUUCCCAAAAAAUAAGAGUUUGGACCGCGGCGACUGCGCUGUGACUAUCAUCCAUGCGAGGGAUGAAGACAUAGGCCAAUGGACCUGUGGAGCUAGCCUUGAUGAUGGAAAGGAAUACACCGAUACGGUUUAUGUCGAUGUAGAAGGCUUCUACAAAAUGACAACAGCAUCAGUGGCGCCAUACUUAUUCGGAGUGUUUGGCGUUCUACUUGGGGUCGUGAUCAUUGGCGUGAUAGUGUGGAGGCGGCAAUUGUGUCUGGGUACAAUAAGACCUAACGAAGAAGGAGAUGCUCAUGAAUUGCAGGCACUUCCAGGGCCAUCGCGAGCCCGAAGCUUGCCUAGACUGACUAUAGAGUCACCUACAGAGCCUAGUACGUCCUCGCAAGUGUCUCAUUGUUCAGACUAAAGACAUCAAGUAAUCAUAAACGGCCAUUCUAUUAAAAAAUGCCAGCUCCAUACUGUGUCAAAACUGGUAGGAAAUCUUUAUCACAUGAAUAGUAAACGCAAUGUAAUUGACCGGUUAUAGGUAGAUAACCCAUAUAUUAUUGAGUUUUCUAUUCUCUUGGUAGACUAUCACCUUAGCGUCAUAAGUUAUCGAGAAUAGCCAUUAAUAAAACAUAUUAUACAUAUUACUGCCAUUAUAAGUAUAGAUGCACCCACCUCCUAAGAAAUGUCUAAGUAGUAAGUAAAAUGUAAAUGCAAGUUUAUUGCAAAAUAUUUUGUUUGUCCCCUCCACAAUUAUUUGGUCAUUAAUUGACACGCGAUGGUUUUACAAUUAAUUUUAAUACUUAAUCAAUUUAUUCGGAAUAAUGAUAUUUAAUGUAAUAAGAUGUGAUAAUGAUAAUAAAUGAUUUAAUUAAUUCAAUGUUUGUUAGGUAAUAAUAAUAAAUGAAUUCUAUUAUUA